UAUAAUCAAAAAAGGAACUUCACUGUCUACAUUUGUUUUCUACAACUAUUUAAAUAAAAGAUAACAUUUCUUUUGUUUUACAAAUACAUUGGUAAAAAUAUUGUGGAAGUUUUUGUUACUUUUUUUCGAUAUUUGGCAGCCCUUGGUCUACCAUAUUCAAAUGCAUCCUACGACCCCACUCGUCCCACGUUAUAUGAAACAACGUGGGAGUCAGUAUCAGACAUCGAAAGAACGCGCUUGCUUUAUAAAUGCCGUGUGAAAAAUUACGCUCAGUUUUAACUGUGUCCCUCUGUUCAUCAUUUUUCUUUUCCCAUUCAGUAUUUCAUGUUCUGAUGUAUUCUUUGCUUCAUCUUUGUUAUUCUACAMCAAGGAGUAUAAUUGGACAUGAGCAUUGUGAAAGUUAAUCCAUUUGGAAUAGAACAAAUAAAACCGCAUGGUUGUCAUUUUUAGUCCGUCUUCACAGCUGCUCUUUUCUCAGCAUGAUCUACUUCCGGUCAGCAGCCUGAAAUACAAUCUUCAAAAAUACUGCUAGGCCAAAAGAUCGACAAGAGACUCMCUGAGUUACAAGUUACGUCCGAGAAAGCARUACUGGAYAUGUUUGAGUGCUGAUAUCGUAYCGUAGUCGUACCAGUUGGCAUCAGCAUGAUGACCGAGUAUAAAAUCAAUUCGUUGCCCAGCUACGAAGUGCCGUCUUGUUUUCCUUGGUUAUGGAGAGCAGCGAAUGGUAUAAUGUCCAUUUUUCUUGCCUUAGCUACAUAUGUACAGAUCAAUGAUCCUGACCCUGCAAUAUGGAUGGCAGUGUAUGGCAUUCCUUGUUUCUUAUGUACAUCAAUAUGUAUAUAUCCCCCUGUUAUCAAAACCUUUUUAUGGAAAGCCCUUUCAGUGAGUCAUUUGACAGCUUGCAUUGUGGGAGCCAUGUAUCUUAGCAUGUCUGUCUCUAAACACAUGAGAGUUGAAUCAAUGAAUCCACUCACUCAUGAAGAAGGAAGGGAAUUGUGUGGUCUUACAGUUGUUAUUACUUGGCUUGCUGUUUGUCAGUUACUGACAAUAAAAAGGUGUGCUGAAUUUGGACCAUUCAACUGCACUUACACUUGGUCGAUAUUUGCAGUUAUAGCAAUGAUUCCGUUUGUACUAUGGUGUGUUUACCUGAACACUCUGGACAAGGAUUCUCUUCCUGGUCAUUGCAAGAACUUGAUCCUACAAUGAAAUACAAUCUCAAUCAAUUUUAAUAAUGCAGAAAUAAAUGUAAAUACUUGACGAUGUAAACAUUAAAAACGAAAAAUUUCAUUGACAA